UUUUGACCACUUUCUAAGCGCGUUCGACACAUGGAGCAGCAACAAUCAAGUUCAAGCUCCAGCCGGCAUCGCAAGCGCCGCGAACAGCUGCUUGCAAACAUGACUGCUGAGCAGCGGGCAGAGUGGGACGCGCGCCAGGCCGAGCGGAAGGAGCUGCGCAAGGUCGAGCGAGGCGGGUCGCUGGGCGGCAUGUGGCUGUUCCAACACGCGUCGGACUCGUCCGAGCUGUCUGCGUCAAGCUCAGAUGAUCAAGAAGAGCAAGAGGAACAAGCUACAGGAGCCAAGCGCACAGGCGCGGCCGGGAAGACCGGAUCACCGCGCUCGAGCAGCUCCAACGCCAAUGCGAACACUCGCAGGUCAAGCACAACCACCCACACAACGGGAGGAGAUGACGAACAAGAAGACGACGACGAUGAACCGUACAAGGCCUUGUUUGCAACGCACGGUCAGCAGGCCGGAUAUGUGUUCAAGCACGCGCUGCAGGAGCCAACUCCAGCCCAAGUCGCCAUUUUGCACACUCCGUCGGCGGGCAUCGCCUUCCAGCUCUGGCCGGCCGCAAUUGCAUUGUGCGACUACCUCGAUCGGCAACAUGCAAGCAAUGGUCGCGACAAUUUGGCCGGUCGCACGGCACUGGAACUCGGCGCUGGCACAGGGCUCGUCGGCAUGGCCGCCGCCAAGCUAGGGGCGCAUGCUGUCAUCACAGACCUCCCACAAGUGAUUGGGUUUAUGGAGCAGAACAUUGCGCUCAACCCUGAAUUGAAUGGAGGCACGUGCACAGCGGCAGGAUUGGCCUGGGGCGAGCCGCUUCCGGCCGUUCUCCCUCCGUUCGAAUACCUGCUCGUCGCGGACUGUGUUUACUGGGAGCAACUCAUUCAGCCGCUGCUGGACACUCUAAAAGAGCUGUGCCCGCUGGGCAGCUCCAAGGUGGUGCUCGUUGCUCAAUUACGCCGCCGCAAGGUGGAAAACCGAUUCUUCAAAGCACUGCCUCGCCAUUUCGACGUUGAGCAGAUUGAAACGCAGACCACGCCGGCGUCGCGACGACUCAUUCGUCUGAUGCGUUUGACCCCAAAGCCUGCGCCAGUCUCCCGGCCAACUGGCAAACAGGCGCCAGCGCCUCGCCCAUGACAGCGACAUUCAUUGCUUAAUUUGUUAACGACGACUGUUUGUAAACUCGAUGAAAACAACCAACAAGGCAUCCUCUAUUUAUUUCGUC